AUGAAUGGCAGUCCUGAAGACCAGAUUUGUCCUGACUCAGACAAAGAGUGCCACCUCUGGAAAGUCAAACACAAACCACGCAAGUCAGCUUUCAAGUCUGAAAGAAUGCCAAGAUGCUACUCAUUUGACGAGAAAUCACAAAGCAGCACGGAGGUGGAGGAGUUUGCAUUCUCAACGGUGUAUGAUGUAUCAACCGACCUGCUGAGUGGGUUGCUUUCAUCACUGCUCAUCUUUGCUUUGGCAGGAAUACCUCAACGGCCACCAAUACGAAGCAGAAGAACAAAUUCCUUGAAACCAUGGAUGAUUGCCCUUAUUAUUGCAGCUGUUGUGUUGGUUCUAGCAAUAAUCAUCAGUCUCCUUGUUUAUUUUUUGGCAUUUGAUCAGGAAAAGUUUCACUAUUACCAAACUUCCUUCCAGAUCCCCAGUAUUGAAUAUAACCCUGAUCUUUCAGUAGAACACUCAAAAGUUAGGACUGAUCUGAAACAAAAAAUCAGUGAUGAGAUAGAUAAGAUAUUUCAAAGUUCCAGUUUAAAUAAUCAUUACAAGGAGGCCCAUGUUGUCAACUUUAGGUCAAGUAAUGAUGGUUUGAAAACAGAUGUGUUGCUUAAAUUUCACUUUGUUUCUAACAAUGCAGAAGCAAUAAAAAGUCAAGCUGCUAACAUUUUGCAUCAGAAGUUAAAAUUAAAUGGAAGCUUCUUGAAGUUAGAUACUUCAUUACCUUAUCUUAGAGAUAUAAAUAAAAUACAAGCAGAGCACAUUCUGAACAGUGGUUGUGGUUUAGGAAGGGAGUCCCCAUCCAUGGAAAAAAUUGCUGAUGGUUAUAUUGCAGAGAAAGCUGACUGGCCAUGGCAAGCCAGCCUGCAAAUGGAUGGCAUCCACUUCUGUGGAGCAUCUUUGAUCAGUGAUGAGUGGCUCCUGACUGCUGCUCAUUGCUUUGACACUUACAAGAACCCCAAACUCUGGAUGGCUAGUUUUGGAACAACUCUAAGCCCUCCACUGAUGAGAAGAAGGGUGCAGUCAAUUAUCAUUCAUGAGAACUACGCUGCCCAUAAACAUGACGAGGACAUCGCUGUGGUGAGGCUCUCCACGCCUGUCCUGUUUUCCAACGAUGUGCACAGAGUCUGUCUCCCCAAUGCUACUUUUGAAGUCUCGCCUAAGAGUAAAGUGUUUGUCACCGGAUGGGGAGCAUUUAAAGCAAAUGGUCCUCUUCCCAAUACUCUGCGACAAGUUGAAAUAGAGAUCAUAAGUAAUGAUGAAUGUAAUAAAGUUAGCGUAUACGGUGGUGCUGUGUCAUCAGGAAUGAUAUGUGCUGGAUUCUUGUCAGGAAAACACGAUGCCUGUGAGGGUGAUUCUGGGGGACCUCUGGUUAUACCACAUGAUAGAAACAUCUGGUAUCUUAUUGGAAUAGUCAGCUGGGGAAUAGACUGUGGUAAAGAAAACAAGCCUGGAAUUUACACAAAAGUGACUCGUUAUCGAGACUGGAUCAAAUCUAAAACUAACAUCUAA